UUUAACAAAACUAAUGUGCUGAAGUUCUUAAAACAUUUGCUGUCUAGAACCCAGCCACCACCUCGGCUCCCAGUGGGUCCCAGUCACAAGUUUGCAAAUAACUAUUAUUGCACCCGUGAUGGACGCAGGGAGGCUUUUCCGCCAAUUGUUGUCACGUCAGCACAGAAAACCCUUGCUGCAGGGGCUCAAGCUGGCAGUUCAGGGUCUGCAGUGACAACAGCUGAGAAAAAACCAGUGACACCAGGGCCAGCACUUAAGAAGUGGGAGCUUUCAAAAGACCAGCCUUAUUUGUGAGAAAUAAAUACAAUGAGGCUGGAGGUACUGAUUGUACAGGUCAUAGUGCUGCUUUUUAAUGAACUCUAAUUUGGAAGCCCACAUUGGAUUUAGCUACCAUGAUGCUGUCUGUAUUGAAUUUAUCCUAGUUUUGCUGGUGCAUGACUAAUAAAUAUAUUUAAAGCUGU